AUGUCCCAGACGACGCGAGCGCGGGCCGAGCUGAUGCCCGGCGCCCGCGGCCCCGAGGCCGAGGCCGCGCCCCGCGCGCUGCCCGUGCCCACCGGUGUUUUUCAGAUUGCAGAAAUGUUGGAAAAAAGAACAUGUGCCCUGUGCCCCAGUGGUGUGGACCACAGUGUCCUGUACUUUGCACGAUCAGAGAAUAUAGCUGCUCAUGAGAAGUGUUUGUUGUAUUCUUCAGCACUUGUGGAAUGUGAGGAUUAUAAUCCACAUAAUCCUGAUCGAAGUUUUGAUGUGCAAUCAGUAAAGAAAGAAAUCAAGAGAGGAAGAAAGCUGAAAUGCACAUUUUGUGGUCAAAAAGGAGCCACUGUGGGAUGUGAUUUAAAAUCCUGUGCCAAGAAUUACCACUUUUUCUGUGCCAUAAAGGACCAAGCACUUCCACAAGCUGAUGGAUCUGGAGGAACUUACAAGUUACUAUGCCAACAACAUGCUUCAAAACCAGAAAUCAUCAUUCAAAGUGCUGGUCAUUCAAGAGUGAAAAAAAAAAGAGGAAGGAAGAGACGUCUCUCAUCAGGCAUUCCUACACUGCAAACUGACACGAUGAAGUACAUGAGAUUCAUAAAACAAGCGGAGGAAAAGCCCAUCACCCACACAGAUGCAACUGUGAGAGUUCCUUUUCUUAAGAAAUGUAAGGAAGUAGGACUGCUUACUGACUUAUUUGAAGAAAUAUUAGACAAACUUCAUUUAAUUCAAGGAAGACUCAUGGAUGAGACCACUUCAGAAUCAGACUAUGAAGAAAUUGGAACUUCACUUUUUGACUGUAGACUGUUUGAAGAUACACUUACAAAAUUUCAAGAUGCAAUAACAGACAAAAUUCAUCAAUCUGAAGAAAAGCGGCAGCAGCUGAAGGAGGAGAUUGAAGUGCUUCAGGACUUAAAAGAAACCUUGUACUCUUUUCAAGAAAACAGAGACCUCAACCACUCAAGUUCCACUUCAGUGUCCUCUCCAUCUCCCUAAGGACUACCCGUUCCCAGACCAGGAGUCAGGUGACACUGCACACACGCCCAGGACUCGAUCCCUUCCUCGCUCAGCUUCAGCCUGCCACCCCCACCAGCUCGGACUCGUUCUUGCCAAAUGAUGUUUCAUACCCGACUGGGCAUUUCACUUGCUCUCCAAUGAAAGAUCUUCCUCAGGUCAAGUGGAUCAGUCCUCCCACCUACCCUAUGUUCUGCACUUAAAGUCCAGGAGGCAAGGGGCUGUCUUCAGGUGUCUUCCCUACACCCUACCCACCCUGUCAAUCUAGUUAACAUCCCAGGUGCUCUGACCUCACAGCCUUCGCACGACCUGUUGUGAAGUCUAAACUUGCUAUUUCCUUGACCAGCUGCUCCUACAGGUUUCCUAACAGUUUCUCUCUUACCUACUCAAGACAACUUUUCCUCCAUGCCACUCCUCAGUGUAACUGGCAGUAUCACAUAUCAUACUAUCUCGAUACAGCAGAAAUUCAAUAUUCCUAGGGCUCACUCACUAUGACAAUUUCCCACU